AUGCAGUGGGGUGCCCAGACUAUAGAUUUCACCGACAAAUGGUGCACGCAGCACCACUGGGCAGAAAAAUGGGGACCCAAAUCACCCCCAAAGAAUGAAAAGAUGUGUGUAUUGGUAGAGGAGAUUCGGUCGAUCUCCCAAGAAUACAGAGACUUAUGCAAGGUGUUCAGUGAGGAGGAAGCAAACGAGCUCCCUCCGCAUUGCAGCACCGACUGCGCCAUUGAACUGAUCCCAGGGCAAGAAUUGCCCAAGGCAAAAUUGUACUCCAUGGGUUGGGCGGAGAAAGCGGAAUUACGAAAGUUCAUCGAUAAAAACUUAAAGAGGGGUUUUAUCAGACCGGCAUUUGAAAAACUCAAAAGGCUAUUCACGAGCGAACCCGUCUUAGCCCACCCCGUUGAGCUCAAACCUUUCAUGGUCCAGUGUGACGCCUCUGAUGUGGCCGUCAAAGCCAUAUUAAUGCAGAAGGACUCAGAGGGGAAGCUAAGACCCUGUGCCUACAUUUCUAAGAAAUUUUCCCAAGAGCAACUGCCCUUGCAAAGCAUCUCUGUGGAUGUGGUGGUCCACGGCUUGGUGGCUGAUGUAGCAUCUGAGCUUUGGUAUAAGAAUGAAGAAGAGAGCCCCGUGGAAGUUACCUUCAUUUUCCCUCUGGAUGAUGAAGCUGCUAUCUAUGCCUUCGAAGGCCUGAUUGGUGGGACACGGAUUGAGGCUCAGAUUCGAGAGAAGAAAGAGGUGAAGGGGCUCAGGGAAGUAUGGGGCAAAGGAGUCUUUGGGACUCCAAAUGCCCGGGAGAGGCAUGCCGGGGCUGGGCUGCCUGGGCGUGCCUCGGGCGUCCUGGGCUUCUGCAGCAUGCUGGAGUGCGGCCUCUCUUGCCGCCGCGGGUCAGGUGGUUCUCCUCCUCUUUGCCUGGCGCUGGGCUCGGCUUCCCCCUCCUGCUCUCCGACGGCUCGCUCCGGCCACGCUCCUCCCUCUGAUACUGCGAGGUCAGAAGAGAACACCAUCACCCAGAAAAUACCACGAGUGCCCAAGGGAAAGCUUCCCUAUACCCUCAGUCUCUGUGCCACACUGGAGUCCUCCCAUGGCAUCAACUGGGUAGAAUCAAAAUGCACCCUGGAGCCCCUUCGCUGCACAGUAGAAGACAAGACUGCUGCCCAGGUCUCCUUGUCUGAAGGGCACCAAUUUGACCGAGACGUGGAGCUGCUGAUUUAUUAUGAGGAAAUUCACAAGCCCAGUGCAAUCCUAGAGGCUGGGAAACCUGGAGCUGCGUCAGGUUCCCUGAUGGGUGACCCAGCCCUUUUGGUUACCCUAUACCCCAGUUUGCAGUGUGCCCCCAAGCCAGGCCUGAGUGCCACUGGGGAAUUCAUCUUCCUGCUGGAUCGCUCUGGCAGCAUGGGUUCCAGAACUGAUAACAAUAACUCUGAUUCACCACCACGUAUUCAGAGUGCCAAGGAGACCCUGAUUCUCCUCCUGAAGAGCCUGCCUCUGGGAUAUUUCUUCAACAUCUAUGGCUUUGGAUCCUCCUAUGACUCGUUCUACCCGCAGAGUGUUGAGCACACACAGCAGACCAUGUCAGAAUCUCUCCAGUGCGUUAAGGACCUAGGUGCUAACUUGAGGGGCACAGAAAUUCUGCAACCACUGAAGGCCAUUUACAGCCAGCCAUGCCGAGAAGCACAUCCUCGUCAGCUGUUUGUGUUCACAGAUGGUGAAGUAUUUAACACAGAUCAAGUCAUUGCAGAAGUUCAGUGUCACAGCAGUUAUCACAGGUGCUUCUCCUUCAGCAUUGGUCAAGGGGCCUCCACCGCCCUAAUCAAAGGGAUCGCUCAAGCAGCCGGAGGCAGUGCUGAAUUCAUCACUGGCAAGGAGCGCAUGCAGGCCAAGGUCCUGCAGUCUUUGAAGAAGGCCCUGCAGCCAUCAGUAACAGGGAUCUCUCUGCAUUGGGAUUUGCCUUCCGGUCUUGAGGCUGUGCUUGUGGGGUCUGAUCCCCAGGUCAUCUUCAAAGGGCAGCACAGCCUCAUCUAUGCCCAGAUCUGUGGGGAGUGUCAGGCCUCAGAUGCCUUGGAGGGGUGUGUUGUGCUGAAGUACAACUUCCAAGACCAGACUUUCACAGAUACAGUGAAGUUCCCCCUCCAAGCUGAGGAAAGUGACAGGCUCCCUGUCCAUCGACUUGCAGCUCGAGCCCUGUUGCAGGAUCUGGAGGGCACUGGAGAGAAAGUUACAGAAAAGCAGAGGCUGGCCCUGCAGACAAGCUUGAGCUCUGAGGUGGUGUUCCAGACGGCCUACAUGGGGGUGAACACUGAGCUGGGCCAGCCAGUACAAAGCCGCCUUAUCCACCGAGAUGUUCCACAUGCCUGUGACCGCUAUGAUUUAGAAGAUUGUCCCCCCACAUCAGUUGCUCAUCAGUCAGCAGAAGAAUAG